AUGGCACCAUCUGUAGCGUCAUUCUCGGCGUUUGUCCUGGCCGGACUCCCUCUUGCACUGGGACAAUUUGUCAAAGCUCCAACAAAUUGGACUCACGCGACCGGAUAUUCAGAUAUCUCUGUUCGGUACAAGGAAGUACCCACCGGUAUCUGUGAGCUCAACAGCACUGUGAAGAGUUAUUCUGGCUACCUCGACGUCGAUACCAACGAACAUUAUUUCUUCUGGUUCUUCGAAGCUCGUAACCAGAACCCCAAAGAUGCCCCACUUACAGUAUGGAUCAAUGGAGGCCCAGGUUCUAGCAGCAUGAUUGGCCUGUUCCAGGAACUAGGUCCUUGCAGAGUCGAGUCGAACGGCACGGUCGUCAACAACCCAUAUUCGUGGAGUGAGUCGAGUAACAUGAUCUUCAUUGAUCAGCCUGCCCAAGUCGGUUUCUCUUACUCCACCCCGGUACCCGGAUACACCGAUCCCAACUCGGGGUCGAUUGUUGUUCUUUCCAACACCACCUGCCCCGACUACGCAGAAGAAUGCGGCACAUAUUCAUACCCCAAUACUACCUUGACAGCCAAUUCGACUGCCGGUGUCGCGCCAAACUUCUGGAAGGGCCUUCAGGGCUUCAUGGGUGCUUUCCCCCAGUACUCCCGCCAUGAGUUCAACUUUGCUACAGAAUCUUACGGUGGUCAUUACGCGCCUAUCAUCAACCAAUACAUUGAGAAGCAAAAUGACCUUAUCGCGAACAACACACUUCCCAAAGCUCAUCACAUCAACCUCAAAACAGUCCUCAUUGGCAAUGGCUGGUACGACCCGUUGAUUCAGUACCAAGCGUACUACAACUUCACGGUCUUCCCUGGAAACACAUACGACUACAAGCCUUUCAACGAGAGUGUCUCGACUAUGAUGUACAAUGCUCUUUACGGACCUGGUAACUGCGUCGAUAUGACCAAGGAUUGUUACGCUCGCGGCAUCAACUCGGUCUGCAGUUUCGCCGAUAACUUUUGUGCCAGCAAUGUCGAAAACGUUCUCGAUGUCUUCGCUCUUCGCGACGAGUACGACAUUCGUGAGCUCUCGCCUGAUCCAUUCCCACCUACUUUCUACGUUGAUUACCUGAACUCUCCUAUGGUCCAAGAGGCCAUUGGCGCAUACGUCAACUUCAGUGAGAGUAAUAGUGCUGUCUCCUCGGCUUUUGGAAGCACGGGAGAUGAUGACCGUGAAGAUGGCACUAUCGAAGCACUGAAAUCGCUUGUACACGACAACAUGACCAUUGUGCUCUAUGCCGGUGAUGCCGAUUACAACUGCAAUUGGCUCGGUGGAGAGGUUGUAGCCGAGGAAGUCAAUGCUCCCGGCUUCUCGACCGCAGGCUACACAAAUAUCACCAGCGCAGACAAUGUUGUUCAUGCACAGGUCAAGCAGUCUGGCAAGUUCUCUUUCGUCCGCGUCUUCGAAAGUGGCCACGAAGUACCUUUCUACCAGCCUCUGAUGAGUCUGGAGAUGUUCGAUCGUGCCAUUCAUGGCAAGGAUAUUGCCACCGGUAGACGUACCGUCAAGGGCGGUUACAAGACUUCUGGCUCGGCAAAGAGCACUUACCGCGAGGGCAACUCGACCGUCCAAUUCGAAGUCGUCAAUGCGACUGCCACAUACAACACCACUCUCAACGAGCCUGAUGCAACAUCGGCCAAGAAGAGCUUCAAGGCCGCCAACAAGAGACGUUUGUUCAAGCCAGCUAAGAGUGUCGUCGACCUGACCUCUUAG